ACAACAAAGAUAUCAAAUUAAUUUUCCUUGAGUUGAGUUACCAAGGGAGAUAUUAGUCAGUCAAAACAAGUUAGAUGUACUAAAAGUCAAUCCACAGAUGUGUCUUAUCUCAAAAUUUGCAGCAUUCGUAUACUUGUACAUGACGUUUCAUAAGAAUUGGCCGUCCCUGGCGAUCCUAUUUUGCUUCAAAGAUCCUUGCAAGAUUUUUAAUUUUUAAUAAAGAUUUUUGCAAGGAUGUCCUAAGGUUUUUGUACGUUAACGCAAUUACCAAAUGUAGAUCUGCUUUAAUUAAAAAGUUUAGUUUUUUAUAUACACGUAUAAUAUAUUUGAUGUUUAUUGCUAUUUUCAUAAUCGAUACAAGAAUUAAAUUUACAAAUAUUAAAUUGCUUCAAGAAAUUUUUAUUUUACGAAAGAAUGGAUAAAAUAAUUGGAAGCUAAGUUAAACUGUCUGGUCCAUAUUAGUAGUUACGAUGAAACUAAAGACUUUUUAAUAUUUCUAUAACUUACUUUCAAGUUUUGUUAUUUCAAAAAGUGUCUCGGCGAAGUUAAUGAUAAAUUGAAAGCACGCCUUUGAUGUCCUUACUUCGACAUAAUAAAUCAAAUUACCUACGCUAAUUAUUUGACAACAGACACACUAUCAGUCUAAUCACAACAAAAGGAAAAUUAUAAAACCUGAACGCAAAGGGUGUUAAGAACCAUUUCAACUAUGAAAACCGUUUUUAGUCUGUACCCGUUAGUUUUCGUGAUGCAUUGCAUUACCGGAGGCGAAUGUAAACUUGACAAUGUAUCCGAAGAUGGGCAGUAUCCCGAAGAUUUACUUAACAUAUAUGCGAAUCUUAUCAGAUCUUCAAAUCAUAUACAUUAUAUGGUACUGCGAUAUAUCUCCACCGAUCGUUACAACAAUUGUGACAUGCUCCUGUUUACUUUGGUAAACUACUUUAACAGGAAAACCUAUUCAGUGGAAAAUAAUUUUUUUAGAGCAAGCGCAAACUACGCCGAGUUGCGGCAGAAUAAAAAGAAAAUGAAAUCCCCGGGCAAUAGAAUAUUUGCGAAUCAGGCCAAUGUAAUGAUUGUACCGGAUAAAAAUAUUUUCGAACAAUUCCUGCACCAUGAUCAAAACAUUGGGACGAAAGCGGGGCAUUUGUUCUUAGUAAUAUUCUGCUCCAACAAUUCAAGUGCUGCAAUUGAAGAAAUUCUCGAGAAGUUUUGGGAGCGAUUUGGAGUUUUAAAUGUCAUCAUCUUUAUUGACUCGAAGAUAGUGGUCUAUAAACCCUUUCGUAACACACGUGGCCAUUUUGGAAAGGCGGAAACGUAUCAAACGGCAGGGAUCCAAACAAAUACGAAUACAAUUAUUAACGACGUAAAACGUUUAAAUGGAUAUCCGAUAAGGGUCAGUAUGCUAGAAAGACAACCCACAGCUUUAAGACAUUUACCGUUAGGGCUUCAGGGCAUUAGCAUUUACAAAAACAAGAGGUUCUUCGGUGAAGAUGGGAUGAUACUGUCGGGAUUGUCGGAAAUAAUGAAUUUCACGAUCACAUUUAUCGAUGAUCCCAACGCACAGAUCUAUGGUAAAGUUCUAGACAACGGCACAGCUACCGGAACGUUAGGGCAAAUCUUAAGAAGGGAAAUCGACUUGCAAGCUAACGGAAGAUAUGUCGAAGAUACUGGAAAUGAGGAUUUUGAGUUUGGCCUACAGUACGACCGAGACCAAAUGUGCGUUGUGGUGCCGAAAGCCUUGCCGUUUCCGAGGUGGAAACUAGCGUUGCGGGUUUUUAAAGGCAAAUUUUUCUUAUAUUUUUUCAUUGCGCUGGCCUUGUGUGCAUAUCUUAAUUACAAGCUAACGAAAAGGUACGAUUCCAUCAUGGAAAUAAUUGCGGUAAUGUUGUCGCAGUCAUCUCAAAGUGUCCUUUACCAAUCGACAUCGAGAAAAAUAUUUUUACUCGGUCUAAUGUUAUUCAUCUUAAACUUAUCUGUAAUAUAUUUCGCGCACGUGCUGUAUUCCUUCAGCAACCACACGUUUUAUCCAGACAUAAACACCAUCGACGAAUUGGACAAGUCAAAUCUCACGAUUAAGUCGGCCUUCAACAUCUUCAGUUCCAUUCCCAGUGCGGUGUAUCAAAGGAUAUCAAACGAAAAGGUCGUCGAAGACGCUAAAGUUGAUGAUAUAUAUAACAGGUUAAAACUCGUCGCUACUGCCAGAAACUGCGCGACGACCGGUCGAUUUAAAGAAAUUAAACAGUUGAUACAAACCAUCCAACGUCAUCACGAACAAAAUCUGCUACACGUGGUUCCAGAAUGUCCCAAAUCGUUUUAUUUGGCGUUCAUUGUCCCGAAGGGGUCCCCUUAUUUGUCGACAUUUAACCAUUACCUAUCGAAAUUUAUCGAAGCCGGAUUGGUAUUAAAAUGGCGCAGGGACUUUAGGAUUGUUAUCUCGUCGCCACUAAACGUCAAAGACGACGAUUUGUUUGUGUUUCGUUUUGAAGAUCUCACGUUCGCUUUUUUUGUUAUACUGUACGGCCACCUAAUUUCUUUAGCUGUUUUUGUCGGUGAAAUUUUGUGGGCGCGAUGACGUCCAUUUUGGGGAAACCGUAACUCAUAAAACUGGAAUAAUAGGUCAUACAAAAAAAGCUGUUGACACUUUAAUAAGACUUUGUUUGGGAUUACCAACUAGAAUGUACAGUUGUGUUCGUAUUAUUUAAGCAGUUUAAAACAAGCUUUUGUGAUUAUUUCUUUAAGGCUAUCACAGACAUAUGUUUUGGUUAGCGAGACAUAUGUUUAAAGUUAUAUUUAAUAAAUGCAAAUCAUUGGCGUUUACUAUAUACUAAGUAAUAUUUUUUAUUUAUAUGAAUUUUGUAACAAUGCCAACAAAUUGAAUGUUAUAUUAAACAAGAACAAUAAUAAAGUGGUAGGUACAAAAACAAAAAUUUGGUUAUUAAGCUCUUCCAAGCAUUCAUGAAUUGUUUCCGACACUUUCACAAAAUGUUACAAAAUUACAGUUAUAAUUUUUCUUACCAUUAUAGUCCACCCAUUUUCCAACAGAUUAAAGUCCAGACUUAAUGAAGAUCACGGUUACACUUCUACAUUAUUAUUUUGAAAACAGUCCUUAAUUGAAUUUGCAAUAGGCACGGGACAAUUGUAUUGAUAAAUAAAAAAAAAUUUGGGAUAUAUGGACCUAAUAGAUAUGGAUGGAAGUAUAAUGUGCUCCGGAACAUUAAGAUAGUUUUUAGAAUAAAAUCUUUUCUCCAAUUGCCAGCAUACAUCAAGCUCAUGGGCACUUAUCCAGCUCUACAUAUUGACAGAAAAACCCCCAGAUAUAAAUGCGAGGUUGUUAGUAUAACGCCCUUCAAAUUUUGUUCCGUCCGGUGGAUACAUCCGAAUUUGCCCGUUAUAACUAGAUUGAAAAGUUUUUUAUCCAGUUCCAAUAUUCAGGUUCGCGUUAAAUGUAACGCUUUUUCAUUUAAUAACCCUCCUUCUUCUAUUUUUCAACUAUUUGUGUCUUUUCGACUAGUGUUGACAAUUGACACAAAAUUAAAUGCCAAAAAUAAAAAACAAAUACACCAUGAAAAAUUAGGCGUAGGGGUUUUUAAUGAACAGGACCCUAUUUAUUGUAAGAAAUACAACCAAACGUAUAGUAUCAUAAAUAUUGGGACAAAUAUGCAGGGGAAGAGAUUUUUUACUGUUCCUUUUUUCAUAAAUAGUGAAUUAGUGAUUUUGAUAAGGACAGGAAGGAGCCUUUGAAGUCAUUAGUUCAAAAGUAAGUAAUUACGAAUGAGUUUAUUUUCAUGUUUAUAAUAAUUAAGUAAUUAAAUAAGCAGCGGUAAAAAGGUUUGGCUCGUUUAUUAUAUCACACGGAAAGAUUCAGUAGCACGACAAUCAUGCUAAGCUGCAAACAUUGUACGAGUAUUCUUCCUUGUGCCCCACAACCCUGAGAUACUUUCAUUCACUUUUUUAACGUCAUUUCAAUAACACCCUGUAUUUCUGAAGUUAUAUAUUGCAUUUCGUAGGAAAGUCGUGAUAAUUAUUUAAGCAAUAUAUUUUGUAUGGCUGGAAUGUUGCCAAACACAAUAUAUAUUCUUUUUAAAAUAGAUUGACAUACUUUAUACCUUUGUUCGUUGUAACCGGCCGUGCCCAUUAAAUCUCACAGUUUAGGGAAGUUGCGUUAAAAAAAAAGUUGCAAUAUCUAACAUUGCUUCCUUUAAAACAAUAUUAACUAACAACCCAAAUACAAUAAAAUUAAAACCAUUUUGGGUUAACCGAUAACAGUUUUUUUUUAAGGUGACUGGGUGGCAGCAUUAAAUUCUUAGAUUGUAUCUAUAAAGCUGAUAAGAAAGUUCUCGGAAUAUGUUGUUUAUCCGCAUUCUUUUUUAAGAACCAUUAAGAACCUAUUUUUCAUCAAAAUAUGAAGGAAAUAUUAACGAAAAAAAAAGUGUUACCGCCCCCCGUUACGAAUGCAAUCACUUCCAUUUCAUUUGCUAGUGGGAAAAAAAUUGAAACAAGCAGUACCUAAAUACCUAUAUCUCAAUUAUCAUAUUAUUAAAACGCAUAAUUGCAAUGACACGCAUAAAUAACUGCAGCAAUUUAUACGCAACGUGGCAUUAUUAUUUUAUGCCACUCCAGAAUGUCCUAUUUCAAAAACGUAUCUAAAAAUAAAAGACCUUAAGGUCCGCUAAAUGUCAGUCCAUAUUGAAACAAACAUUCGCUCGAAAAUAGAUCGAGAACGCAGUAAUUAACUUAUAAACACACCCGUUAUUGCCAACGGCUCGAUCACAAUUCCAAAACCAAAAAAUCACGGUGAAAACUCAAGAGCGCGCGAGAAAAUCUACUGCACAAGACAAGCGGAACGCCAAAAGAACAAAGAAAUCGGCAAUCGAGUUCCGAAAAAAUCGAUCGG